AUGGAUAUCCUCCGUACUGAACUCAUCGAGCUCUCGGCCAGUCACGGUACAGAUGUGGCCCUCCAGCCAGAUGAUGUAUUCCGCAAGAACAAGCGUCUGGUUGUGUUCGAUAUGGACUCGACCUUGAUUUGCCAAGAAGUUAUUGAUGAAAUUGCAAAAUAUGCUGGUGUUGUAGAUCAGGUGGCCGCAAUUACUGAAGCUGCCAUGAAUGGCGAAAUUGACUUCAAGGAGUCUUUGCGUCGACGCGUGACAUUAUUGAACGGGACAAGUGUCAGUGUGCUCGAGACUGUUAAACAAAACCUCACGUUUACCGAGGGAGCACGUUUCUUGUGCCGUGCUUUGAAGCGACUUGGAUUCAAAUUAGCCGUUAUUAGCGGUGGUUUUAUGCCUUUAGCACUCUAUGUCAAGGCCGAGCUUGGAUUAGACUAUGCGUUUGCCAACCAGUUGAUGGUUUCUUCUGAUGGUCUCACUUUGACCGGUGAAACAACUGGUCCAAUUGUGGAUGGUAUCCGUAAAGCAGAGCUACUCGAUGUCAUUGCUCAGGCAGAAGGUAUCACAUUAAACCAGGUUGUCGCUGUCGGUGAUGGUGCCAAUGAUCUUCCAAUGUUAAACACUGCUGGUCUUGGAAUUGCCUUUAAUGCCAAACCUCGUGUUCAAGAACAAGCUCGUGCAAGAAUUAACCAGAAAAGUCUCAAAUAUGUUCUCACCUUGCUUGGGUACUCUGAGAAGGAUAUGGAGCAAUUGAGUCGUGAAAACUAAUAUUAUAAUAAUAAUCAAGUAAAUAAAUAUACUAUGAUUGUGAAAGGGAGUAGCCUGCCAAGAAAAUAGUCUUUCAAAGCUCACUGUUGCUUUUAAGGCCAAAAUCCAAAAUCCAUAUAGAAUAUCUUACGCUACUUUAUUAACUACUACAGCAAAAAUUGAAUAAAACUCAAUCUGCAAAGUUUUUUUUUC